GUUCACAAGCGCGUUCGCGUGAUAUCACCGUCAGGUGGAAGCAGGCAGAAAGAACGUUGCCUUUGUAUGGUACCAUGAUGUCCUCCAAGAAAGUAAAGCCUAAGGUCAUCGUCGACGAGGAUUCAAGAAGAUGCGGGCUGCCCUGUGUGUUCAUCCUGUUGUCCAGUGCCGCCAUUGUUUACGGUAUCUACACAACUUCCUUCAGUGAAAUUUGGGAGACACCCAGCAUCCCUGAACUGCGUGACACCGAUGAAACUCCAUUUCCGGUUGAGAAUGUCACCAUUCCAGCAGCACUGAUGGGUCGAAACGUUACGGCGUCUUGCUCAGCUGAUCGAGUUCAUACGUUGUUCUUCUUCCACACGGAUGCUUCGCACAGGAAACGCAGAGACCUGUAUCGGAAAACAUCGCUGCAUGAAAACCUGAAACGGCGCUUCCAUUGGGAGGCCGUGUACUUCGUCGCGCUCCGGAACAACAGCACAUUGCAGCAGCACCUUUUGCAAGAAGGCGGGAAAUACGGCGACAUAGUCCAGCUGCAAUACGAGGAACACUACUUCAAUUUGACCUACAAGUUCGUCCUCGGAAUGCAGUGGGUCUCUAGGCAUUGCUCGCAAGCAAAGCUGAUCGCAAAGCUGGACGACGACGUGUUCUUCUACCCGAAGCAGGCCGUGUCAUUCCUACAAGAGUACGCGCGUUCAGAUGACUCCAUGUAUUGUCUUCCUAUAAAGCGGAAGGUGCUAUCCGAGUUCUACAACCAGUGCAGACCGGGGAAGCGAUCCGGCAAGCACUGUGACGUCGUCUUCACCCUCCAAAUACACGAGAUACACGCGUUUUGCACCGGCAUAUGUAUCUUCUUCCGCAGAAUUAUGAUAGGGCCGCUCUUGAGAGCUGCUUAUUAUGUACCCUAUGUUCCAGCGGAUGACGUGUACGUUACAAAUUACCUUCUCAGUCUAGCAGGCUUCAAGAUGAAGACCCUGCGACCAAACUUGACUUAUGACGCUAGGGGUCUGCCUUCCUUCAUUUCGCUUCUCCAUCCGUAUAACGAAAGCAAGUUUUUGACCUUAUGGAAAGAUGCGUCGCAGAGUAUUAAAUAAACAAUAAACUAGUA